UGCAUACAGAAUCUUUGGUUUCUUUUCUUUUGUCAUAUUGGAGGUUUGAGUUAGUUUGCAAAGCAAAGCUAUGGCAUCAUUGGUAGGAGGGGCUGCUCUGGGGGCAGUGUUUGGAGAGGUAUUUAAUGUGUUGCAUGACACGGUUAAGAGUGUUGGAAGCGAUGCCCUUAUGUUCAAGCCAAUUCUUAAAAGCGUCAAAUUCAAUCUAGAUCUUUUAGGUCCAGUGGUUAAAGAGAUAACACGAUUAAAUGAAAUACUUGGUCACCGAGAAGAGGAAACAAAGAGCUUGAUCGAAGAUAUGAGGAAGGCCAAGGAGCUCAUUGGCAUGUUGGACAACCAAGAGUUGGACUACCCUUCACAAGCCUCUUUUGGGAGAGAACUUGCAGAGUUGGAUGAGUCCGUUGUGACAUUCUUUCAGCUUCAUAUCUCAGCUCAGAACAGAAGGGAUAUAUUGCAGAUUUUGGAGAAGCAGAAUUUUCUUUGCAAGCGAAUGGAGUCGCUAGCGAUUAAAAGUGGGGCAACGUGUGUGGUCCCUCCACCCCGGAUUUUACUGUUGGGAUGGAUCUGCCAUUGAUGGUGUUGAAGAUGCAGCUGCUGAAUGAGAAGAGGCAGCAGAUUCUACUGACUGCCCCUGGAGGAUGCGGAAAGACCACACUGGUGAAAAUGCUUGGUCAUGACCAGGAAAUAAAGGAAAAUUUUAGGACAAUAUUUUUUUUGUCCCCGUUUCUUAAAAUUUCAACCUGAUGGUCAUUGUGCGAAGACUAUAUCAAUAUAUAAGUGAUCAGGUGCCCGAGUUCCAAAGUGAUGAAGAUGCAAUCAACUAGCUACGGGAAGGGCUGACCAAAAUUGGAUCAAAUCCUAUAUUAUUGAUCUUGGAUGAUGUUUGGUCUGGAUCAGAAUUCCGUCUUAAGAAGUUUAUGUUUGAUAUUCCAAAUUACAAUAUUCUGGUGACCUCAAGAACUGCACUUCCAGGAUUUAGCUUUACAUAUUACUUAAAUCCGUUAAAUGAUGACCAUGCAACGAUGCUGCUUCAUCACUCAGCAUCUCUGCAACAUGAGAGUUCUAACAUUCCUGUUGAAGCCAUCAACAAGAUAGUGAGAGGUUGUGGUGGGUUCCCACUGGCGCUUGAAGUUAUUGGUAGAUUACUCGAUGAGAACCCUGUUGAGGCCUGGUGCAGUAUAGCUAAGAAUUGGUCUAAUAGUCAUUAUAUUUUCAAUUCUAAUUCUAAUUUGCUUGAUUGUCUUCGAAAAAGCCUAGAACUUUCAGAUCACGAGGUCAUCUUCAAAGAAUGUUUCAUUGAUCUAGGUUCAUUUCCUGAAGACCAAAGGAUCCCUGUUUCUGCCCUUAUUGAUAUGUGGCCUCUUUCUUCAUCCUUAGGUACAAAUUAUUGUAAUGUCCUGAAAGAUGCAAGUGAGAUCAACAAAUAUUACAAUGAAGACUAUGUCACACAACAUGAUCUUCUUAGAGAGCUAGCUAUAUUUGAAAGCUGCCAGGGGCCAGAAAGACAAAGGCAAAGAUUGAUUAUGGACAUAAGUAGAAACACUCUACCAAGUUGGUGCACAGAACAGGCUCAGCAACCCAUCAAUGCUCGCUUGUUAUUAAUCUCAAUUGAUGAAUCAUUCUCGUCAACUUGGUGCAACAUUCAAGCACCCAAAGUUGAGGUUCUAGUUCUGAACUUCCAAACAAAUAAUUACAGCUUACCUGCGUUUGUGGAUAAAAUGGAUAAUCUCAAGGUUUUGAUCAUCACCAAUUAUGGUUUCUUUCCUACUGAAUUAAGAAAUUUUCAACUACUCAAGUCUCUACCCAAUUUAAAGACAAUCAGAUUGGAGAAGGCUUCAAUCCCUUCCCUUUGCAAGGCCCCUAUAUUGUUGAAGAGUUUGAAGAAAAUAUCCUUGUUCAUGUGUAAUAUUGCUCAGGCUUUUGGGAAUUGUACUAUCCAAGUUUUAGAUGCAUUGCCAAAUCUAAUGGAGAUAAACAUUGACUAUUGUAAUGAUCUUGUGGAAUCACUACAAGAAAAAUGCCUAUUAGCGACCAAGAACUUUAGAGAAAUGGCAUCUGGGGAUGAUGGCACUGAGAGAUGGUGCGUGGUGAUAGGAGGUCGUGGUUUUGCUGCUCGUCAUUUGGUUGAAAAGCUCAUCUCAUAUAACAUGUUCCUCGUCCGAAUUGCAGAUAUGGGUCCCACCAUUAACCUUGACCCUCAUGAGGAGAAUGGAACUCUCGGCCAAGCCUUGCGCUCUGCUCAAGCUGUACAGAGUGCUAGGCGCGGGAUGGGGACCAAGAAUGGUGUUGAUGCUUGUAUUGAGCUUAAAGUGAAGAGACUGAUCUAUACUAGCUCUCCUGGGGUUCAUGGCAUUUUGGAUGCGGAUGAAUCAGUGCCCUACCUGGCUAAGUGUAGGGCUGUCCAAACAUAUUCGAUGACCCGACCCACCAGAGACACGACCGGAACUGAUCCGAAACCAGCCGACCCGACCUACUCCAGUGGUCGGCGGCAGAUUUUCUUCACCAGAAAUCCGGCAGUUCCAUGUUUGAUAUUCUCUCAACUUGGUCAAGCUAUCACCACUGAGAAAAUGCUUGAAUGCUAUUUACGAAGGUACAGUCACAAAAUCUGUUUUAGCAACAACAAAUAUGACGGCCUUCGAGAGCCAUAUACUCUCGCUAAUAACCUUUUGCGACAAUAUUUGAAUUUUUGCGAGGGCAUUUUACCAUCGCUAGUACUCUUUUUUUGUAGUGAAUUGCCUGCAGUGUUGUGUGAUGUUAUCCUCCUAAAAAUACUCAUUAUCACCAAUUGUCAUCAACUGUCUACACUUUCCAAAGAGAUUGGAAAGCUAGUGAAUUUAGAAGUGCUCAGGUUUAGGUCUUGUAUUGAUUUAUCUGAGUUGCCAGAAUCUAUCACAAGCCUUAAAAAGUCUAAAUCUAUCACAGACCUUAAAAGCUUAAGACUUCUCGACAUAUUCGAUUGCCUAAGCAUUAGACACUUGCCAAAAGAGAUUGGUGAGUUACGUAAAUUAGAGGAGAUCCACAUGAAAGGGUGCUUGAGCUUGCGUAAUGAGUUGCCACCAUCAACCACAAAUCUUGAGCAAUUGAAGCUUGUGAUAUGUGAUGAAGAGAGGGCUAAGCUUUGGGAGCCUAUCAAGGAAGUUCUUACCAAUCUAGAGGUCAAGGUGGCUGAAAAAGAUAUCAACUUGACUUGGCUUCUCAAACCAUGAUUUAUGAGAAUUGUUUCUUUUUGGAAAAUUUUGUAGGCUUUGUCAACUUAUUAUCAUUAUCUUCUACUCUUUGUUUCUUUUUUCUUACAUUUUGGUCAAAUUGAACACAUAAAAAAAUAUGUAUCAGUAGAAAAUAUGAUUGUUGUAAAUCCUAGAAAUAUGUAGAUUUUUGUGUUUCCUUAAUUUUAUGAUUUUAUCUUUUGGGAAGAA